AUGACGGACUGGGAGAAAGACCUGAUGGAGGAAUUCCAUGACGUAUUCGAUGGGACUUUAGGCAAGUACCGUGGGACCCCUAUAUCGUUUAGUUUAAACCCGAACGUAGCCCCCAUCAGGCUUAAAGCCAGACGGGGUGCAGAUUACCAAUUGCCUUCUGCCAAUUCAGCCAGUGUUGCCCUUCCUUCUCCUUCCUCCUCUUCCAGUGAUGAAGCUGACAUUAUGGCUUUCAAUGGGGAGCUGGACUUACAACAUUACUCUAAUGGGCCAGGGGGGGCAGGAGGGGAGGCUCGCCCUUAUCCCUGUCCUAUCUGUGGCAAGCAUUUUUGCUUUAACAGCAUCUUGGCAUUGCACACCCGCAUCCACAACAGCUCCUAUCCACUCACUUGUCCCUACUGUGGCCACCAGGCAGGGCAGCGUGCCAGCUUACGUCUCCACUUGCGCUCUCAUUGUCCUGAGGCCCACACCUGGCUCAGUCACCAGAGCCGCCUGCUGCUUGAAUUGGACGAGUGGGCACUUCUGCGGGGUCAAGAAGAGGAAAAGGAGGAGGAGGAAGAAGAAGAGACGACUGCUCCUAUUCCACCCCAACCUCUACUCACCUUUCGCUGCUCUUUCUGCAAGGGCAGGUUUCACACUGCAAGGGAAUGUGAGCGCCACCUUCGCAUCCUCCAUCAGCUGUACAAAUGUGAGCAAUGUUCUUUCACUGCCGCGCAGGAGUCAGAUCUUCAGUGGCACAACCAACAGGCUCAUAACUCCCCAGCAGCUUGGACACCCACCCCUCCUGCCCCUGUACCCACCACUACAGCUCUACCCACCCUUCCUGCUUCAACGCCCACCUGUUACUCUUCUUCCUCCACCCCUAUGGAGUUCUGCUGCCAGGUCUGUGGUCAAGCCUUCACCCAGUCCUGGUUCCUUAAGGGUCACAUGCGGAAGCACAAAGACUCCUUUGACCAUAAGUGCCAGGUGUGUGGGCGCGGCUUCAAGGAAUCAUGGUUCCUGAAAAACCACAUGAAGGUUCAUCUCAACAAGCUGGGCCUCCAGAGUGAACAAAGAGGACCAGGACAGUCAGCACAGAAUUUACUUGUCGGUUGUGAGGCCCUGUAUCCAUCUCUCCUCUGUCCUCGGCUAACAGACAAAGCCAGUAUGGGCAGUUUCCUGGGUUACAGUGAUGCAAGCUGUGCUGAACGACUGCAGGCCACAGCUCGCACUGUGGAGAGUAGUCAGCAGUGGCAGGAACAUUCUUAUAUAUUAGGGUCCAAGCUUGUGAGAGAAGACUCAGGGGGGAACCAUCACUGUGCAGACUGUAACCAGACCUUUGGUACAUUCCAGCAGAUGGCCUUGCACCAGCAAAGCCACCUAUCCUGUGAAAGACAGUGGAACAAGGGACAGUCACUGUGUUCUCACCUUCUCAGCGGACAUUGGCUUCCAACAAAUGUGAGAGCUUCUACUGUAGCCAACACCAGCUCACCUCUGCUGACCCAGAAGGAAAAAGAAAUACAAGGUCAGUCAUGCUUGGAUGGAUCCCAACGAGGCACUGGGAAAGACUGUCCAUUCUGUGGAAAGUCCUUCAGAUCUUCCCACCAUCUCAAAGUUCACCUCCGUGUCCACACAGGUGAGCGCCCAUACAAGUGCCCUCACUGUGACUAUGCCGGCACUCAGUCUGGCUCACUCAAAUAUCACCUGCAGCGCCACCACCAGGAACAAAAGAAUGCUGCUGCAGCUGUAGCAACAAUGGAACAGUGCCACAUACCCCUGGCCCCUACUGCAGUCCCUGCCUUUCCCCCUACGCAGCUCACCAAGAGUCAUGGGUCCUUCCUUCCUCUAGGUGACAUGGGGGCAGCUCGGUCCCACCAAUCCCGCCGCAAGUCACUGCUAAAUGGGAAGGCUGAUUUCCAGCCAUUGGAUCUUUCCCUACGUCCAGCCCUGGCAGGAGGAGCCCUCCACCAUUGCCAGUUUUGCCCCUUUGCCACCUCAGCUCUUGAGCUUAUGGAAUUACACCUUCAAGUCCAUCACAGUAGGAAAGCUCGUACCCGUCACUGCUCUCACAUGGCUCCUAAAGCCCAGGUGAUGUUGGAGGAAGAAAUAGUUGAACUGAAAGGACCAGAAUCCCCAAGCCCAAAGGGGGAGAUUUCCAAGACACACAAUUUCUGGUCCUCCAAAGAUCAGGAAGUCUCUUGCUGUCUCAAGUUGCCUCAGGGGAAACUGAGUUCUGAGGAAGCAAUAAUUGCCAGCCUUCCUUCUGAAACUACACUGAAUCAGCAAGGAUGGGAGAAGCUAUCACAAGACUCUGAGGAGCCAAAGCAUGAGAAGGAAUUGUCUGGUCCACUGGUCCGAAAAGGACCACAUCAGGAGCCUUCAAAGACAGGAGAAGGCAUAAUGGAAUUACAGCUGGAGCAGGUACAGGCCUGA